GGAAGUUGUUCCGUUCCAAACGCUCCCUUUUGCCCGAAAGCAAAAUGGCUGCCGAUACUUUCUGCUGAUCGAGCUGCAGCGCUAGUGCUACCUGAACUGGGGGUGUUGGGGCGACAGUCGUUAAGGGGGACACGUGGGCAAAGGAUAGGGACUCAAAUAAACAUGUCAGAAGCGAAGGUGAAGCAAGAAGGUGGGGAGGCAGCGGAGAUAGAGAACAGGGUUAUUGAGCUGUGCCAGCAGUUUCCUCAUGGUAUCACUGACCAAGUUAUUCAAAAUGAGAUGCCUCACAUUGAAGCCAAACAAAGGGCCAUGUGCAUCAACCGACUGCUGGCAACUGGUCAGCUGGAUCUGUUACGAAGUGGUGCAGGACUGCUGUACAGGUUGAAGGAUCCACAAACUGCUGGUAAAAUGAAGGGUUCAGACAAUCAGGAGAAGUUAGUGUAUCAGAUAAUUGAGGAUGCUGAUAACAAAGGUAUAUGGAGCCGAGAUAUAAGGUACAAAAGCAAUUUGCCACUGACUGAAAUCAACAAAAUUUUGAAAAACCUAGAGAGCAAGAAACUUAUUAAAGCUGUGAAAUCUGUAGCUGCUUCAAAGAAGAAAGUUUACAUGUUGUACAAUCUGCAGCCAGAUCGCUCUGUGACAGGAGGAGCUUGGUACAGUGACCAGGAUUUCGAAUCUGAGUUUGUGGAGGUGUUAAAUCAACAAUGUUUUAAAUUUCUACAAACCAAGGCUGAAGCAGCAAGGGACAGUAAACAAAACCCCAUGAUACAGAGGAACAGCUCAUUUGCCUCAUCCCAUGAAGUCUGGAAAUACAUCUGUGAACUGGGGAUUAGCAAGGUGGAAUUGUCUAUGGAAGAUAUUGAAACCAUCCUGAAUACUUUAAUAUAUGAUGGGAAAGUAGAGAUGACCAUAAUCGCUGCUAAGGAGGGGACUGUGGGUAGUGUUGAUGGACAAAUGAAACUGUAUAGGGGAGUGAACCCUAUCACACAACCUGCAGGUUUAGUGAGAACCCCGUGCGGCCUGUGUCCGGUAUUUGACGACUGUCAUGAAGGAGGUGAAAUUUCCCCAUCAAACUGCAUUUAUAUGACAGACUGGCUGGAUUUUUAGUGAAAGGAGGCUGGCCUGUUGGACCAAAAUCUAACCAGAAGAGUGGUCAGUCACAACAAGGAUACAUGGCUGAUAGUGAAGGAACUGCUCUGUUCUAUGAAAUGCAGUGUUUGACUGCUGUUAUAUUUAUUUUCAGAUGUUUUCAUAAUUGAAAGCAGCAGUAGAGAACUGUUAUUUUUAUUCCAUAUUUGGGAUGACACCUAUGAGGUAUAACAUUUUAAAGAAAUAAAAAUAGUUACCUCA